UGAACAGCCGACCAGGCCACGUGGACCACCUGUUCUAGUUCUAGUGAUCAGAGGGGAGGGAAGGGGAGGUGAACGGAGGGAGCGGAGGAAGAUCUCGGGCUCUCAGAGCUGCAUCCUGAACCCAUCGCGUAGGAAGGGGCAAAGGAGUCGGAGCUGAUCCGGCAGUCGCUCUCUCUCGUUGGCGCUGUGUAGACUUGCGAUUCGCGAUUCUUCUCUGAGUAAUUGGGCUGCCACCUGCGCUUGGUCCCAAUUCACAGUAAAAUCUACGCAUUGCGUGGCCACGUUGGCUAGGAAUUUGGAAGCAAGUACUCUCCGCUUUCAGUAAUCCCAACGGAUUGAGUACGAUUUGACGCAUUUGCGGCCGAGCUUUCUUGCACCCAAGAUGAGUGGGCAUGGUGACACUGCGACCUCAGCUAAGAUGGCGAAACUGAAGGAGUUGUUGCAAAAGAGUGAAAACCACAUUUGUGCUGACUGUGGUGCAUCUGAUCCCAAAUGGGCAUCAGCUAAUAUUGGGGUAUUCAUUUGCGUAAAAUGUUCUGGCGUCCAUAGAAGUCUCGGUACACAUAUUUCAAAGGUUCUGUCAGUGACACUGGACAAGUGGUCUGACAGUGAAGUUGACUCCAUGAUAGAAGUUGGUGGGAAUUCUCAGGCAAACGCAAUAUAUGAGGCUUUUAUACCAGAGGGCUACCAGAAGCCACAUUCAGAUUCUACCCAGGAAGAGCGAGAAAAAUUCAUCAGGUCUAAAUAUGAGCUGCAGGAAUUUCUGAAGCCAAGCUUGCGCAUUGUUUCUCAUCAGCCUAGUGACUCUGGAAAACAUGCCGGAAAUGCUUCUCAUUCUGAUGGUUCCAAGAGUCAAGUCGGCAUGAUCGAGUUCAUUGGAAUAUUGAAUGUCAAGGUGAUUGGAGGCACCAACCUAGCCAUCAGGGAUAUGUCAAGCAGUGACCCUUAUGUCGUCCUGACACUUGGGCAACAGAAAGCACAAACUUCAGUAAUCAAUGGCAACCUGAAUCCUGUCUGGAAUGAAGAACUGAAGCUCUCUGUUCCCCAGCAAUAUGGACCUCUGAAGCUGCAAGUGUUCGAUCAUGACAUGGUGUCCAAGGACGACCUCAUGGGUGAGGCCGAGAUCGACCUGCAGACAAUGAUCAACGCUGCCGCAGCAUUUGGCGACCCGGAGCUGCUGGGCGACAUUCAGAUCGGCCGGUGGCUCAAGUCCGAGGAUAACGCUCUCGUCAGGGACAGCGCCGUGGUGGUCUCUGGUGGCAAGGUGAAGCAAGGGAUGGCACUGAAGCUGCAGCACACCGAGUCCGGCGAGCUGGAGUUGGAGAUGGAGUGGAUGCCGCUUAACGUGUAGAAAUCUGCUCAAGUUGCCACCUUUAUAAUGGGUGUGGGAUACAAAGAAUUUGUUUUGCUUUUGUUGCCAAGAGAAAUUGUUAUAUUUUGGUAAUUGGCAAGGGCUCUCUUCAAAAUAAAGAUCUGAAUCGCUAAAAGGUGUGUUGUGGAUACUAAAAUUUGAGAGAUGAUUCACAAGAAACUCCUUUUUUUCUAAUCUAAAUUCAAGGUUCACCAUGCAGUUUAUAACAAUCAA